GGUGACGACACACGUGCGAUUAACUUGAUCAUCAUAUCCCAACAAUCUAACUUAAAUUUAGGGUUUUUGUCAAUCAAGAAUCAUGACGAGUGUACCAGCAGCGAAAAGGAAAAGGGUUGCCAUGAAUCGCAAGAAGGCAUGGCGGAAAUAUUCCAACAUACAAGAUGUAGAAGACUUUCUUGAGGAACAGAGACAGCAGUUGCGAACAGGAGGUUUGGCAUCGGAGAAGUCAAAUGAAGCUCUUUUCUUCGAAGACAAGACAGCCCACAGAAAAGGACAGAAAAAAUCAGCAUCAAAGUCAACUAAGCCGAGAGGCCCCAUACAACAUAAAGUUGAUCUUCGAAUCAGACCACACCCCAGAGUUCCACCUAUUCCUAAAGCGCUUCCCCGCCAAGAGAGGAGGAAGAGCAGCCGGGUUUUACAGAUCCAAGCUCAAGAAAGAAAGGGAAUCUACAGUGAGAACAAGCAGAAAAGACUUGAUGAGGCAAAACAACAACGUACGCUAGCGACAGGGAAUCGAAAAAGAGAAAAGGAACUAUUAGAUGAGCGGAAAGCAACAUUUGAUUUGUGGGAUUGUGACAUGGUCAAGAAGAUAAAGAAAUCAGGUAUAGAGGCUGAUGAGCAUUUUCUACGACAGACAAAAAAGACACCAGCGAAGCUGCCUCCUAGAUACCAGGAUAAACCCAGCAAGUUCCCAGCAGUAGAGAUUAUUGCUCCUGGUGCUUCAUACAACCCAUCGCUUGAAGAUCAUCAGGAUUUGGUGAAUGCAACUUACGAGAUUGAGUUGAAGAAACAGAAAGCUGAAGAGAAAUUAGACAGAUGGCACAAGAUUCCCAAGCUGAGCGCUAAACAAGCUCAGGCAACCUACAUUGAUGAGAUGUCAGCAGGACUCUUCCAUGACGAUGAGAAUCAGAAGGGAGAUGCUGAAGAUGUAGAAGGUGAAAAAGGUCUCCUUCCGAAUCCCCCGACGACGUUUGAGAAUCGCAAGACAAAGAAGAGGAAACGAAAAGAGAGGGCACUCAAAGAAAAGGAAAAAGAGAUGAAAGCUGAGAAGCGUCUCAAGAUACGACAGAAUGAAGUUUAUCGAUUACGCAGCAUCGCUAAGGAGAUGGAGAAAGAGAAAGCGGAUGCAGCGAUAGAAAGAGAAAAACGUCUUCAGAGAGAGAAGGAACGAGAGAAGAUCCCAAAAUCUCUCGGACAUCACAAAUUGGAGGAAGAACCCAUGGUGAUCAAGCUUAGUGAUGAACUGGUCGGAAGUCUACGCCAACUCAAGCCGGAGGGUAAUCUUCUGAGAGAUCGUUAUAAGAGUCUACAAAAGAGGAAUAUUAUUGAAUCAAGAGUUUGGAAACGAGGUGGCAAGGCUAAGUAUAAGGAGUAUGAGAAGAAAUCACACAAAGAAAUAACGAGUUAAAGGACAAUGGAGCGAGUAGGAGACACAAGGGGGUCAAGGAGUUCUUCAAGGUGUUUCAGACUCUGUCAAGAAUUAAAUUGUCAUCAUUUAAGACUGCUCUGUGUAUCAUGUUUGGUCUCUACAUUUCAUCUACACGUCUGUUGAGAAGCAUGUAUCUGAGACACUGGUGGCUUCUAGAUUGGCCCCUGUAUAUGCUUAAAACACUGUCCCUGUAUUGGCCCCUGCAUAUGCAUGACACACUUUCCUGUAUUGGCCCCUGCAUGUGCAUAACACAUUUUCCUGUAUUUGCCCCUGCAUGUGCAUAACACAUCUUUGUGCCAUGUUUGGGUUUCAAAAGAUAUCAUAUUCAGGGUGGCAAUACCCCAAACGCCCCUUAUCAGCACGUGUUUGAACGGUAUAUUUUAAAGUUUAAGUUUGUCGCAAAAAAUUACAUGAAUCAAGGAUAAACAGUCUUCCAAUUGGAUUUAAAAAGACACAAAAGAGAAGUUACUAUUUAAAUCAAACCCAUACUGAGUCAACAUCAGAUGUAACUACUUGAAUAAAAUCAUGUAUUUCCACUUGACGGCUUUUGUUUAUACCUGUUCAUGUUUGUUGUGUUGUCAUUUAGCCUUCUAGAAAGACUCUGCUGGGGUCAAAAUAUCAACCCAUUAACUGUUUCUUGCAUUUAAACCAUAUGUUGGUAAGCAGACUGCAACAGCUAAUUCUAUUCAGUCAUUUAUUCUAUAAAGUAAGAAGCUAGAAAGUUCAGCGCGCAAAACUUGAUCCCAAGAACUCCAUCACUAACUUUUGAUGACGUGUCAUAUAAGUGGUAAACAGUUGGCAACUGCUAAUUCUAUUUACUCAAAUAAAAUUCAAACUUACUCUGUUUUCAAUAUCACAUUUUUCUUUUUAAUAUUAAGUUUUUCCUUUUUUUUUUAGUUUUCGGGAAAAUACAACACAGUUUAUAUUGUUUUAGAGUACAAAGCCCAGAAACUUAAUGGAAAUGAAUAAUAAAUAAGAGAUCUAAAAAUUAAUUAUUCAAUUUAUGAACUUAUGUGGCAGUUUUGUGUUAAAGAACCCUGAUUUAACAAAACAAAAUACCUAUAUAAGCAAAGGAUUUAAAACCAUUAGAUGUAAGCUUUCGUAGUAAAUUUUCUGUACAUCUUUUUAGAAGUUAAUUGCAAGUUCAGAAGAGAAGUAAUUUCAAAACUUUAAUAUGAGGUAUUAAACAAAACAAAUUAUCUGAAACAUGGUUAUUGUAAUAGAAUUGAGUACAAUGGUCAUAAUUGUUUAACUCGACAAUAUUCUGCAGGGAAGGUAGUGGUAAGACUUAAAAAGUAACUUAUUACGUAAAUAAGUUGUGUAAUAAGUUAGUCUUUAAGUGCAACCACUACGUUCCUUGUUUUAUCUAUCAGACUAACUCAGCUAUUUUCUUAGUAUUGUAUAAUAUACUGCAGUUAUAUCUUCAUUAAUUGGAUUUAAAGGGGCUCGUUUUCUUCAGAUACUUUGUCCAACUUGUUUAGAAGUAUUUUCAACCUUUAUACAGCGUGGGGGCUAAACAUUUCCUUUAAUACAGGCCAGUGAACACUCAUUGGCUCAAAUCUGUGUUUUGUUAUAAAUUUAAGUCAUCAUUUUACUUUGCUUAGACUCUACAAAUUUUAAAUGACUUUGAGCAGAUUAAUUUGGUUAUGGUGAUCCACAAAAUGAUGGACACUAUUAUUUGGUACAGAUCCUUGAAGACUAUGUAAAUGAAUAUAAAAAGUUACAAAUUGGAGUACCCAGACUUUUUGACGAAUGAAAGUUGUAGUCAAGUCACUACAUUUGGUAAGAGUUCCCGACCAUUUUUUUCCAUUCGAAGUGCAUUUGCGUGUUAUAAGAUUUCAAAUGUCAAAUUUGGUAGAAAAAACCUUUUGAAUUUGCCAAGAUGACAUUUUAGAGAUUGCAUACAUGAGUUUUGUAUUCUUUACCAUGGUACCAUGGUAAACAGUCAUUCAGAAUAAACAAAAUUGUACCAAAUAGUUUUGUGUCAUAUCUCAAUAUAUUUGGUAAACCACAAGGGAAACUGACUGGGUAAUUUAUCUCUUUUUUUUUAGCACCCCGAACAAAGCUAUUGACAAAAUAGGGAGUCCCACUCCAGUAAAUUUUUCCGUAUUUUUGGAUCCAAGAUUACAGCAUACAAUAAACAACCAAUGUCAAUCCGAAUCACCUUAAAACUACUCCUUAUUGAUUACUAUUUUGACCUCCUCUUCUACAACUUAGAAAACUCAUUCCUUGCCAAACUGUGUUUCACUCAUUAGAGACAUAAAUUGUCCUGAUGUGUCUGAAAACACUCGACUACAAGACUUCUAGCUAGUCUAACCCGACAACAUAAUACAUUCAUUCAGGGACUUCUAGCUAGUCUAACCCGACAUCAUAAUAUACUCAUUCAGGGUAUUCGUUUCAGAGGUUGAUUUCACAAAGAGUUAAGACUAGUCUCAUCCCAAGUUAGGACCAAUUAAAAAGAACUAGCCUUAUGUUUUUAUUAUUCCCUAGGACUAGUCCUAACUCUUUGUGAAAUCGACCUCAGGACUUCUAGCUAGUCUAGCCCAACAUAAUACAUUCAUUCAGGCAAUUAUACCAUUCCAGGACCAUAGCUCUGUCUUAAGCUCCAAUUUAGUAACUUUGUGAACCAAAGAAUUGAAUAACAGGCCUGAUAUUUCAUUUUUGAUCAUAUUAAAAGGGCAAGGCCAUUUUCAUUUUGCAAAGGGCACUUCCUUUAGAGGAUCUUAAAGUCAAUGGGAAACUUUUGAAGACCAGGGGCAACGGAGGCCAUGGCCUCCGUUGCCUGCGUGUAGCAGGCCUGGAACAAGUAUAUGGGUGCCAACUACAGCUGGCUCUCGUUAAAAAGAGCACUGUUAUAGAGAAUGUUCUGCUUAUAAUGAGUACAUUCUUAAGUCCUGAAUCACAUUUCUACUUUGUGUCUCUUUAUUUUGCUGCUCUCUUAUAACAAUCCUGUUAUACAAGAGGUUCUGCUUAUAAAGAGUACAUUGUGAAGCCCCAAUUCUUAUUCGGUUUGGAGUUUUUGUUUUGUUGUUCUCGUUUAUCAAUGUUUCUUUUACAAAGAGGUAAUUUGGCCAGUCCCAGUGCUCUUGUUGUAACGAGAGGCGAAACAAAAUCUCUUUCGAUGGCGAGUGGUUCUGAGAAGAACCAGGGUUGAGAUUUUGUAGCGUAUCAGUAUUUUGUGACAGGUCACAAGAUUUGACAAAGGAUGCUUAAUUUAGAGCCAAAGUCAAGGUUAGGUAAAUAUCCCAGUUCAAUCAUAAAAUCAUCCGAUUGGUUGGAAGCUGUUCAUGUGAUCAACAGGCACACAACAUUGUUCUGUAUGAACAUCUAAUUAUAGAACAUUUUCUAGUUAAAGCAAAAGGGGGUUUGUGGCCUUUGCCAAUAAACAAUCUGGUAUUUUGAGACGGAUACACUGUCAAAUAGUUUUAUGUUUCUUUUUUCUUUACUGAGGUUGUUUUCUUUUGCAACUCUUUAGGUUGAUUUAAAUUUGUAUGUCAUUUUAGGGUUAGUUUUCCAGCUAUCUGGAAAAAACAAAUCUAAAAAGUUUUUAAUUUUCCCCGAAAGAAAACACGAGAUUAAUACCAUGAAAUAAUAAAAUAAUCUAUAUAUAUAGGAUGACCUGACUUCUACAAAAUAUUGUCCAACUUUUUUUUUCAACAAUCCAGUAACAUAAAAACUUUAAUUAGGAUAUUCCCAUAUCGCAGGAAUGGCCCAAACAAUCUGAUCCAAUGCACAUUGGAUAGACAAAUUCAGCUUACUGAAGUACCCUAUCUAGGCUUAACGUGAACAAGAGGGCAAACCAAAAUAUUUCACAAAAUUUUUAAGAAGAAAUUGUUCUUCCUUCUUUGAUUCAUUUUAUUUGAUAGAUUUACCUAAGUUUAAGUGGCUGUGUCAUCAUGAUCAACGCAGGCCUGUGGCUGUUCAAGGAGUUAUGAAAUCUCGCCAAGUUACUGCACAUGCGCGCACACCCUAUGUAUUACACCUAUGGAGAGCGCGAAUGCGCGCAGUAGCUGGGUGAGAGUUCAUAAUUUCAUGUACAGGGACAGGCCUAAGUUUAUUCAUGACAACACAGCCCCAUUUCCCUUUAAUGACAGAUAGGAUAAUACAGAUUCACAACAUUCUAAUUCACAGUCCUUGAUAACUAUUUGCAUGAAUUUGAUCAAUUUUUAAAUCUCAUGUAAAUAAAUUGUUUAAUUUGAAUUAGUUUGUAACUAUUUGACAGACUGAUUACAAUAAUUAGUCAGGUAGAACUGCCAAGAUAGUUCAUUCAUCAAAAGAUGAAUGAAAUUCAUCUCUUAAAAACAUUUUUGUUGAUAAAUUGUAACAUUAUUCGGUUACAUUGAGCUACUGCUUCAUCUAGACUUGGUAAUUUGUACAAGUUAACUUAUUUUUUUUUUUAUUGUUUUUUUUUAGCAAAG